AUGUCCAUGACUCCAACAUUCAACCCAGGUACGGAAACCAUGACUGAUGAUGUUGCGUUGGUUCAAAAGUUUAACUUGAAAAAGCCUAAUUCGUUGAAGAGAGGUGAUGUGAUUAUGUUUAGAUCACCACAAGAUCCUGAAAAGUUGCUAACUAAGAGAGUGGUUGGCGUACAAGGUGAUGUGAUUGCGACCAAGACGCCUCCAUAUCCAAGACCACAGGCCACAAUACCCAGAAAUCACUUGUGGGUCGAAGGCGACAACACAUUUCAUUCCGUGGAUUCUAAUAAUUUUGGCCCAAUAAGCCAGGCAUUGGUCAUAGGGAAGGUGAUUGGGGUAAUAUGGCCCAUCUCGAGGUUUGGAACAGAUAUUUCAGAAGGUGGUAGAGAAGCAAGAAAGAUAAACGAAAACUUACAGGUAAAACUGUUGGAUAAUAUUAAAUAG